UUAGAGUUUCCUUUAUCCCGAGUAUAUUUUGGAACAAUAUUGUGGGAUUCUCCUGGUCAUCCAAGCAUCUUCAAUCUACACAAUGACCGACUCACCCAAAGCCGAAGUCAAGGUAGUAACGCCUCCUCCUCCUCCAAAUGGUGGUCUCAAAGCAUGGUUGCAAGUCGUGGGCAGUUUCAUGCUGGUCCUGAAUACCUGGGGCCUUGCCAACUCCUUUGGCAUCUUCCAAACAUACUACUCCACAACGCUACUCACCACCGCCUCUCCAUCCGCUAUCUCAUGGAUCGGUUCCAUCCAGGGCUUCCUGCUGCUCUUCGUCGGGGUUCUCUGUGGUCGCGCCUUUGACGCCGGAUACUUCUACCCCGUGGUCGCACUAGGAAUCAUCCUCGAGGUGUUCGGUAUGAUGAUGACCUCGUUAAGCACAACAUACUACCAGAUCUUCCUCGCGCAGGGGCUCUGCGUCGGUCUGGGAUCCGGCUGUCUCUUCACCCCUGCCAUAUCGCUGGUCGGCACGUACUUUUCUACCCGGAGAAGUCUGGCCACCGGCAUCGCAGCCAGUGGAAGCAGCGUCGGCGGUAUCGUCUAUCCCAUCCUCAUCCGCCGACUCAUCGUCACGGUGGGAUUCCCCUGGGCUGUACGGACCAUGGGAUUUGUCAUGCUCGCUACGUUGGGGAUUGGCGUUUCCCUGCUCCGACCGCGACUGCCGCCUCGUCGGUCUGGUCCGUUGGUGGAUGUUGAUGCUUUCAAGGAGCCGGCAUAUGCGACUUUCGUUGUUGGAUUGGCACUGGCAUUUACAGCGUUUUUCAUUCCGUUCUUUUAUGCGGAGAGCUAUGCGCUCGGAAUCGGUGUUGACUCUGACCUUUCCUUUUACAUUCUGAGUAUCAUGAACGCGGGAGGGAUGAUCGGGCGAAUGGUCCCGAACGCCAUCGCAGACAAAGUUGGAAACUUAAACGUCAUCGUGCCCUGCGCAUACAUCUCCGGAAUAACCGUCCUAGCCUGGUCAUCCGUACAGCGCCUCCCCAACCUGAUCGCAGCCUCCUUUCUAUACUCCUUCUUUUCGGGCGGACUGAUGGCACUCCCUCCCGCGGUGCUGGUCGGGUUGAGCCCAAACCUGAGCCAGAUCGGAGUUCGCGUUGGGAUGGCGCUUACCGUUGCGUCGGUGGGGGUAUUGAUCGGGUCGCCGAUUGCUGGGGCAAUUCUAGCAAGCCAGAGUAAGCAGGAUAAGGUGGAUUUCACAGGAACGUUGAUAUUCACCGGUGUGGUGCUGCUCGCUUGUGGGGGAUUUAUGAAUGUUACUCGGGUUGUUAAAGCUGGGUUUACAUGGGGGAAGGUUUAGCAGCAUAAACAAUAUAUAACUCGAACAGAUAGACAGGUUCAACUCUGAAGAUCAGCCAUAGCACCCCGGAAAUCCGCAAUAAGGGAACUCCGCAUCAUAUUAUACAAAUCCAACCCAUCCGCCUCAUCAAGCCCACAUGCCCUCUGAUCCAAUCUUUCCAGUAACCGUGGAACCUUGACGACAUCGAGUAGGAGAAUCUGCUUGGUUAAUGACCGUUCAUCAGCAUCGUCGAGUUGGUACGUCCCAAGUGUGAGUCGGGCUAUCUGAGGCGCCGUGCCAGAACUCUCUGGCUGUGUGUAGCUAGGGACAUUAAAGUAGUCAUAGUCGCUUCCUG